AUGUCAUCCAAAGCGUCAAGUAAGAAGAAGUCAUCAGUUGGGACGCCCGAUCCAACUCCUACCCCAACUAAAAAAAUCAAAAUCCCGAAAUCAUUCAUCGUUAGACCAUCAAACGAUGAUCAACCAAAACAAUUCUCAACAGUAUUUAUACAUCCAGAAAUCUUCACUGCUAUGGAAUUCACUCCGGGGCAAUUCGUGUACGUAUCCCGAUCUGACGGUGGAUUGGCUGGAUUUGUGGCAUUGGUAGCUGCCGGGGUUGAUAUUUUGGAUAAAAAUGUCAUCACCAUUUCUGGGUCAUAUCGAAAAUUAGCUGGAUUGUUGUUAGGAGAUCGAGUUGAGAUCGUUACAUAUUUGAAUCAACCAGAAUAUGCAAAAGAAGUUUCCGUAUAUGUGGAUGAAGGGGAAGAAAAUUCGGAAGAUGAAUUGAAAAAGAGUUUGAACAAACUUCUUGACGAUAUUGGGUUGAUAUAUCCUGGAUUGAGAUUUUUAAUUCCCAAACAAGACAGAGAAAUGACAAUUAUUGACGUGGAGAAUACCGCUAGUCUUGAAGCAUCAUUACUGAAAUUGUCAAUCAAUGAAGCAGCAGCCUCCUCCCCUUCCGAUAUAAUCUCCCCUGUAUAUCUCUUUGCAAAAGGAAAAUCAUCUAUCACCAUCCUCACCACCCCAACAACCCCUUCCAAAUCAAAAUAUCCAAACCUUCCACAACCUAUCCAAUAUUCUCAUAUUGGAGGGCUUUCCAAACAAAUAUCCCUUCUCAAAUCCACAAUAGAACUCCCACUCCAUAAUCCCACCCUAUUCUCAUCAUUCGGAAUCUCACCACCACGAGGAAUCCUUCUUCAUGGACCCCCAGGUACCGGGAAAUCCAUACUCUUACGUUCCGUCGCCAAUGAAACCCCCAACGUCCAUGUCUUAACAAUUAAUGGACCAGCAAUAGUUUCUAAAUAUUUAGGUGAGACUGAAAAUACCAUCCGGGAUAUAUUCAUGGAAGCCCGGAAAUAUCAACCCUCGAUCAUUUUCAUGGAUGAAUUAGAUUCAAUCGCCCCACCUCGACAAGCUGAAGAUACGAGUGGAGGAGAGACUGAAGCUAGGAUAGUAGCGCAAUUAUUGACGAUGAUGGACGGGUUGGGCGAUAGUGCGAGAGUGAUUAUCAUUGGUGCGACUAAUAGACCGAAUUCGAUUGAUGUUGGGUUGAGACGUCCUGGAAGGUUUGAUCAGGAGAUUGAGAUUGGGAUUCCGGAUAUAGCAUCCCGUGGGGAUAUUUUACAGAAAUUGGUUAAUAAGAUGCAAAUGGGGAAAUAUGAAUUGGACCAAGGUGAUAUUGGAUUGAUUGCAUCCAAGACUCAUGGAUAUGUGGGAGCUGAUUUGACGGCAUUGUGUAGAGAAGCGGUCAUGCAGGCGAUCAAGAGAGGGUUGGCGACGGGUGAAGGGGAGAUUAAGAUGAAAGUUGAGGAUUUGAUUUCUGCCAUGCUGGAAAUUCGUCCUUCUGCAAUGAGAGAGAUUUUCUUGGAAAUGCCAAAAGUAUAUUGGACCGAUAUUGGAGGGCAGGAAGAAUUAAAAAAGAAACUUAUCGAAGUUGUUCAAUUGCCUUUAGAAGCAGCAGGUUCAUUCAAAAGAUUAGGAGUAUCGGCACCUAAAGGGGUCUUACUCUAUGGUCCACCAGGUUGUUCCAAAACCUUAACUGCAAAAGCUUUAGCUACCGAAUCCGGUUUAAAUUUCCUUGCUGUCAAAGGACCAGAGAUCUUUAAUAAAUACGUGGGAGAAUCAGAACGUACAAUCCGAGAAAUAUUCCGUAAGGCAAGAGCAGCCUCUCCAUCAAUUAUAUUCUUUGAUGAAAUAGAUGCGAUUUCCGGAGAUCGAGAUUCGGCAAAUACUCAAACUUCCCAAACUGUUCUUACAUCAUUACUUAAUGAGAUCGAUGGGGUUGAAGAAUUAAAGGGAGUAGUCAUUGUUGGGGCCACUAAUAAACCUACUGAAAUCGACCCGCGUAACAACUCUGGACCCUCUAACCUAUCUUUUAAUGUUGAUUCAAAUGAGGUUGAUUUUGAACAAUUGGCGGAAUUGACACAAGGGUGUUCAGGGGCAGAAGUGACGUUAUUGUGUCAAGAAGCUGGUUUAGCCGCAGUGAUGGAAGAUAAAGAAGCUAAUAAAGUGGAAAAGAAACAUUUCGAUCAUGCUUUGAAGGGAAUUUCAAAGGGGAUUACAGAAGAUAUGUUGGAUUACUACAAGUCCUUUUCAAAUAGAAGUGGAUUAAAUGUUUAG